UGCAGGCUGGAGACGGGAGGUGAGUGAACAGUCUGGUGACAUCUGGUGGACAAGGGGGGAACAAACCCAAAACAACACAAGGACAAAGAAAGAUCAUGACAAUGAUUGUUUAUAGUCCCUGGGGCAAAGGGUCUUGUGAUUGUUUAGUACAUGUAGAGGGAAUACACACAUUUUUACAUUAUAACCUGAUCCAAAAAUGAGUUAUUUGCAAACAAACUCAGGUUGGUUUUGCGACCUCAUUCAGUUUCCAAAAAGUAAAUCCGGUUUGACAUGGCACACCCAAAAGGGUGAAUGAAAAAACCAAACCAAACAAAACUACAGGAGAGGAAGGAGUGGCCCUGCAAGAGGAACCACAACACCUUUCUUCCUCCCCAGAUCAUGUUAUCGUUCCAAUGAAGUGAAGUUGAGUCGUCAAGCUGCAGACUGAGAGACCCAAGAGGCCCGAAGGAAGAAUAAGAUGGCAGAACUCAACGGUGUUCUGGUCCGAACAGCCGUGUUCCUCAUCGUGGAGGUCCUCGUUCAGGGAGACACCCAGGUGGGCUGUGUGUUUGGGGGGAGCUGUGUGCUGCCUUGCCGCUUCCAGCCAAACAGUGGUACGAUCCUCCACUGGGUCAAGAAGUGGGAUGGGGAGGAUGUUCAGGUCCACUCCUGGUACCGGGACCAGGACCAACUGGUAUACCAGGACCCUCUCUACGAGGGAAGGACCUCCCUGAUCUCAGGGAGCGACGCAUCCCUUCGUCUGGCCAGGGUGAACCUCCAGGACCAGGGCAGGUACUUGUGUUUAGCCAGCACUUCAGAGGACGACCGGAUGACCAGCGUCACCCUGUCAGUGAGAGCUCCUGUUACUAAAGUGGACAUUGUACUAGUGAACAACAUUGUCACCUGUAAGUCUGGAGGAAUCUAUCCAAGACCAGAGCUCACCUGGUCCGUCAGUCCUCGCCCGGCUACUGUCCUCAAGAACACAACCGAGGUCCAUGAAGAUGACCAGGGACUCUAUGACAUCAGCGGCUCCUUAAGGACUGUUUACAGUGACACAGUCUCGGCCUACAGCUGCUCAGUCCACAAUGAACACAGUACAAGGAAAGCCAUGAUUAGGUUACACUCUCUAAUGCAAAGUGUUCCGAAGAGUGAGGUGGUACUCCCGUGUCACGCCUCGGGGCUCGAUGACAUCACCUGGACCUUCAACCACAACCAGACCAUCCUCAGAAGACAAGCAGGACAAGAGGAGGUGGUGGAAACAGAGUGGCAGCAGCAUGUAAGAGACCUGUCUGAAUCAGGCAGCCUCCGGCUGUAUGUGACCUCAUCAGCCCAGAGUGAAGGGACGUACAGGUGUACUCUCAGGUACGCAGACGGAGAAGACAUAACCCACAUUGAACUGAAGAUACUGGAGGACCCUAUGGCAGGUCUCCAGUCUACUAUGGAUGAGGAGAGAGAGGAGGGGGCUCCUACCUCUAAAACCACUCUGUCUGGGGAACAUGGCCGCCAGAGCAAAGCUAAGAGCCCAGAGCAGCGGGAGAGAGCAGACUCCCCUGGACCCAGCUGUGUCUCCUUGAAGAGUGACUGGUCUAUGGCUCAUCCUUUUAACUUUAGAGAUGGAAAUCAGUCUAUUGAGAAGAGAUUCCAGCAGGAGAGAGCAGACUCCCCUGGACCCAGCUGUGUCUCCUUGAAGAGUGACCGGUCUAUCGGUCAUCCUCCUGACCUUAAAGAUAGACGCCCCUCCAGAGAGGAAGGAGUCCUGAAGGAGAGAGCGGACUCCCCUGGACCCAGCUGUGUCUCCUUGAAGAGCGACCGGUCUAUGGAUCAUCCUCCUAGACUUAAAGAUGGACGCCCCUCCAGAGAGGAGAGGCGACUCCAGGAGAGGUCAAAGGUUACCAGUGCUCAGUCUGUACAGCAGCAUCAAGCAGAGCUGAUCAAGAAGGAGAGAGCGGACUCCCCUGGACCCAGCUGUGUCUCCUUGAAGAGCGACCGCUCUAUGGAUCAUCCUCCUGAACUUAAAGAUAGACGCCCCUCCAGAGAGGAAGGAGUCCAGAAGGAGAGAGCAGACUCCCCUGGACCCAGCUGUGUCUCCUUGAAGAGCGACUGGUCUAUGGAUCGUCCUCCUCACCUUAAAGAUGGACGCCCCUCCAGAGAGGAGAGGCGACCACAGGAGAGGUCAAAGGUUACCAGUGCUCAGUCUGUACAGCAGAAUCAAGCAGAGCUGAUCAAGAGGGCUGAGGAGAACGCACACGCUUUCCUAGACAAGGAGCUGAAGAAGCUCUGGAGGGAUCUCUUCUCAGAUUACCCACAAUGCUCAGAGAGUCAGAGGGAGGACGAGGAGGAGGAUGAUAAGAACGAGGAGCAGAGGAGGCGCGCCAUAGAGGGAGUGGUAGACAUCACAAAGCUCUGCCUGAUGGAGAUGAACCAGGAGGAACUGGCCGACAAGCUGGGCAGUGGAGCUGUUGCGGUCCAGUGGCAACAUGAACUCAAGGCUCAUCUGAAGAAGAAGUUCUACUGUGUGUUUGAGGGAAUCGCUAGAGCAGGAGAGCAGAGACCUCUGAAUGAGAUCUACACAGAGCUCUUCAUCACAGAGAGAGGCAGUGGAGAGGUCAACAUGGAACAUGAGGUCAGACUGAUUGAAAAGGCAUCCAGGAAAACUGCUAAUGAGGAAACACCAAUCAGAUGUGAAGACCUCUUUAAACCUUUACCUGGACAAGAUAAACCAAUCAGAUCAAUGAUGACAACCGGAGUGGCAGGCAUUGGUAAAACUCUCUUAACCCACAAGUUCACUCUGGACUGGGCCGAAGGCAAAGCCAACCACGACAUAGACUUCACAUUUCUCCUCACUUUCAGAGAGCUGAAUUUACUGAAAGGGAAAGAGUUUAGCUUACUGAAACUUCUUCAUCAAUUUUCUGUUGAAACCAAAGAAUCAGGAAUCUACAGAUACGACCAUGACCAAGUAGUCUUCAUCUUGGAUGGUCUGGAUGAGUGUCGACUUCCUCUGGACUUCCAGAGCAACCCGAUCUGGACUGAUGUCACCGAGCCGACCUCAGUGGACGUGCUGCUGACAAACAUCAUCAGGGGAGUCCUGCUUCCCUCUGCCCGCAUCUGGAUAACCACACGCCCUGCCGCAGCCAAUCAGAUCCCUGCUGAGUGUGUUGACAUGGUGACAGAGGUGAGAGGGUUCACCGACCCACAGAAGGAGGAGUACUUCAGGAAGAGAUUCAGAGAGGGGCCAAUGGCCACCACAAUCAUCUCUCACGUCAAGAAAUCUCGAAGCCUUCACAUCAUGUGUCACAUCCCAGUCUUCUGUUGGAUCACUGCUACAGUUCUAGUGGACUUCUUCAAAACAUCCCAGAGAGGAGAAGAGGUGCCCAAGACCGUGACUCAGAUGUACAGCCACUUCCUGAGGGUUCAGUCCAUACAGGGGGACAGGAAGUAUCAUGGGCGAGCUGAAACCGAUCCACAAUGGAGUUCGGAGAGCAGGGAGAUCAUUGUUUCUCUGGGGAAACUGGCUUUUAACCAGCUGGAGAAAGGCCAGCUGAUCUUCUACGAGGCAGACUUGGCAGAGUGUGACAUCGAUAUCAGAGCAGCCUCAGUUUACUCAGGAGUGUUCACCCAGAUCUUUAAAGAGGAGUGUGGACUGCACCAGGACAGGAUGUUCUGCUUUAUCCAUCUGAGCAUCCAGGAGUUUCUGGCUGCCCUUUAUGUCUUUCUGUCCUUCAUCAACACUGGUGUCAACCUGCUCUCAGAAGAACAUCCAACCUCCAGGGAAGCUGAACUCCUCCCCCUCUACCAGAGUGCUGUGGACAAGGCCUUACAGAGUGAGAACGGACACCUGGACUUGUUCCUCCGCUUUCUCCUGGGCCUCUCUCUAGAGACCAAUCAGAUGCUCCUACAAGGUCUGCUGGGACCAAGAGGAAGUAAAUUACUGGACAAUCUAACAAAAAACGUUCAAUCGGGGCAGACAGGAAGGUCGUCACAAAUCAAUAACCAAAUAGUCCAUUACAUCAAGGUGAAGAUAGGUGGAGAUCUCUCUCAAGAGAGAAGCAUCAAUCUGUUCCACUGUCUGAAUGAGCUGAACGACAGUUCUCUAGUGGAGGAGAUCCAACAUUACCUGACAUCAGGAAGUCUCUCCACUGAAUCUCUCUCCUCUGCUCAGUGGUCAACUCUUGUCUUCAUCGUACUGACAUCAGAAGAGCAGCUGGAGGUGUUCUACCUGAAGAAAUACUCUGCUUCUGACGAGGGUCUUCUGGGGCUGCUGCCAUUGGUCAAAGCCUCCAAAAGAUCUCUGCUGAACAGCUGUAAGCUGUCGGAGAGAUGCUGUAAAGCUCUGGCCUCAGUUCUCAGCUCCAACUCCUCUAGUCUGAGAGAGCUGGACCUGAGUACCAAUGAUCUGCAGAAUUCAGGAGUGAAGCUGCUCUCUGCUGGACUGAGUAGUCCACACUGUACACUGGAAACUCUCAGGCUGAAUUGCUGUGGGCUGUCAAAGGGAUGCUGUAAAGCUCUGGCCUCAGCUCUCAGCUCCAACUCCUCUAGUCUGAGAGAGCUGGACCUGAGUUCCAAUCAUCUACAGGAUUCAGGAGUGAAGCUGCUCUCUGCUGGACUGGGGAGUCCACACUGUACACUGGAAACUCUCAGGCUGAUUGGCUGUCAUCUGUCAGAGCGAUGCUGUAAAGCUCUGGCCUCAGUUCUCAGCUCCAACUCCUCUAGUCUGAGAGAGCUGGACCUGAGUAACAAUGAUCUGCAGGAUUCAGGAGUGAAGCUGCUCUCUGCUGGACUGGGGAGUCCACACUGUACACUGGAAACUCUCAGGCUGGCUGGCUGUCAUCUGUCAGAGAGAUGCUGUGAAGCUCUGGCCUCAGUUCUCUACUCCAACUCCUCUAGUCUGAAAGAGCUGGACCUGAGUACCAACGAUCUGCAGGAUUCAGGAGUGAAGCUGCUCUCUGCUGGACUGGGGAGUCCACACUGUACACUGGAAACUCUCAGGCUGACUGGCUGUCAUCUGUCAGAGAGAUGCUGUGAAGCUCUGGCCUCAGUUCUCAGCUCCAACUCCUCUAGUCUGAAAGAGCUGGACCUGAGUACCAACGAUCUGCAGGAUUCAGGAGUGAAGCUGCUCUCUGCUGGACUGGGGAGUCCACACUGUACACUGGAAACUCUCAGGUUGUCUGGCUGCCUGGUCACACAGGAAGGCUGUGCUUCUCUGGCCUCCGCUCUGAGCUCCAACACUUCCCAUCUGACAGAGCUGGAACUGAGCUACAAUCACCCAGGAGACUCAGGAGCUGCGCUGCUCUCUGCUGGACUGGAGGAUCCACGCUGGAGACUGGACACUCUCAGUGUGGAGCACGGUGGAGUGUGGAGACUGAAACCAGCUCUAGAGAAGUAUGCCUGUGAACUCACACUGGACCCAAACACAGCCAACGGACGACUCUCUCUGUCUGAGGACAGCAGGAAGGUGACGCUGGUUGAAGAGAACCAGUCGUAUCCGUAUCACCCAGAGAGGUUUGACACCUGGGCGCAGGUGUUGUGUAGAGAGGGUCUGACUGGCCGCUGCUACUGGGAGGUAGAGUGGGGAAGACGGGUUGAUAUAGGAGUGGCAUACAGAGGAAUAGCAAGGAGAGGAGGGAGUAGUGACGGCGUGCUUGGAAUGAACAACAAGUCCUGGAGUCUUGUUUGUGGUGAAGACGGUGACGCUGCUCUCUACACUGCCUAUCACAACGGUAGUAGAACAACCAUACGUCUCCCCCCCCCUCGCUCUAACAGAGUAGGAGUGUAUCUGGACCGGCCCGCUGGCUCUCUGUCCUUCUACAGAGUGUCCCCAGGUGGAGGAGGGUCCUCAGACACACUGACACACAUCCACACCUUCCAGGCCUCCUUCACCCAGGAGGUCCUCCUCCCUGGGUUUGGGUUAGAUAAGAGUGGUUCCUCAGCGUCUCUGUGAGUGUCCAUUGUAGAUACACAAACACACACACAGACCCAAAAAAAGAAAAGAAAAGCACGCACAUGUACACAGUCAUAAACACACCCAAACCAACAAACACAUAUGUACAUAGAAAUUAACACACACGCACACAAACACAUACACACACAAACGUAUACAGACUUCAGUGUUUCCCACAGACCAAGGACCAAUGUGUGGUGCGCG